AUGGCGAUCCCUCUCCUCUUGCUCCUCCUCGUUCUCUGCUCAGCUUCAGCGGAUGAGUACGGGGACGAGCUGCUGCGCGCGCGCGUGGGGGAGCGGGAGUGGAUGGUGAGCGUGCGGCGGCGCAUCCACGCGCACCCGGAGCUCGCGUUCCGGGAGCACCGCACCGCAGCCCUCGUCCGCGAGGAGCUCGAGCGCCUCGGCCUCUCCACCCGUGCCGUCGCCGGAACGGGCGUCGUCGCUGAUGUAGGCUCCGGGGCGGCCCCCUUCGUGGCACUCCGCGCCGACAUGGACGCGCUCCCGCUCCAGGAAUUAGUGGAGUGGGAGCACAAGAGCAAGGUGGACGGAGUGAUGCACGCCUGCGGGCACGAUGUCCACACAGCGAUGCUUCUGGGGGCAGCAAAGUUACUCAGCUCAAGGUGCAUCUCAUAUGAUAACUUGAUAAGUGAAGGGGUUCUGGAUGGUGUUGAAGCCAUAUUUGCAAUGCAUGUUGACUAUCGGAUACCAACUGGUGUAAUAGCAGCUCACCCAGGACCAACACAAGCAGCUGUAUGUUUCUUUGACGCAAAAAUAGAAGGUGGUCUCGGUUACCUAUGUGAGCUGGAAAAGCCCUUGAUGCUACCCCUGACGUCGUUGAAUUUGGAGGUAGUAGAAGGCCAGGCUGCAGUACAUAGAUGCAAGGGAGCCGUUGAUACGAAGGGUGAGGACUACCCAAUGUACCCUGCUGUUGUGAAUGAUGAGAAGCUGCAUCGCCAUGUAGAGGAUGUCAGCAGACGCUUGCUUGGCCCAGACGAGGUGGAGCCUGGAGAGAAGAUCAUGGCAGGCGAAGACUUUGCUUUCUACCAGCAGCUGAUUCCCGGUGUUAUGUUUGGCAUCGGAAUUAGAAACGAGAAAGUUGGCUCCGUUCACUCAGCUCACAACCCUUAUUUCUUCGUUGAUGAGGACGUAGUAGAAGGGCAGGCGGCUGUGCAUAGGUGCAAGGGAGCUGUCGACAUGAAGGUCGAGGACUACCCAAUGUACCCUGCUGUUGUGAACGACGAGAGGUUGCAUCGAUACCUAGAGGAUGUCGGCAGAGGCUUGCUUGGGCCGGGCAAGGUGAGACCAGGGGAAAAGAUCAUGGCCGGCGAAGACUUCGCUUUCUACCAGCAGCUGGUUCCCGGUAUUAUGUUUGGCAUCGGCAUUAGAAACGAGAAAGCUGGUUCUGUUUACUCAGUUCACACCCCCUAUUUCUUCGUUGAUGAGGACGUCAUUCCAGUUGGGGCUGCUUUGCAUGCUGCGAUUGCAGAGCUGUACUUUAUUGAGGGCUCCUCUCUCAACAAAGACUCGUAG